AUGCUCGUGAAAGCUGUCGCUAGUUUUAUGGCCAUUGGUGUUGCUUCUGCACACAUGGAGCUGGACUGGCCGUACCCUCUGCGCAGCAAAUUUGACCCCAAUACUCCCGAAAACUUGAUCGACUACUCCAUGACAAGCCCAUUGGACGCCGAUGGCUCCAACUUCCCUUGCAAAGGCUAUAACACCAACACCCCCUGGCGCGCCACUGUUGCAUGGUCUGCUGGCCAGCAAUACAACAUUAGUCUCGCUGGCAGCGCCACUCACGGCGGUGGCUCAUGCCAGCUGUCGCUGAGCUACGACAACGGCACCUCCUUCCACGUCAUCGAGUCAAUUGAAGGCGGCUGCCCACUGCAGUCCAAGUACGAUUUCACCAUGCCCGACGACGUAGCCAACGGUGACGCAUUGUUUGCCUGGACCUGGUUUAACUUCGAGGGUAACCGUGAAAUGUAUAUGAACUGCGUCGACAUCACGAUCUCCGGCGGCUCGGGCACUGCUGGGGCCUUCGAGUCUGCGUACCCGGCUAUAUUUGUCGCGAAUGUUAACAAUGGCUGCUCGACCGUGGAGCAACAGGAGGUUGUUUUUGCGAAUCCCGGUAAGCAGGUUCUGUAUGGCGGAAGUGUGACGAGCUCUAGCUCUCCUUUCCCGUCUUGCUCUUGA